UUAAUUACACCUUUUUUUCACACAAAAAUCGGCUAAUUUUCCUAUUUCCGGCUCUCUCUUGAAACCGCCCCCCUAAUUCCUCCUCUCGUCAAAUCCUCCUCGCCGUGCGGCGGUUCCUCUCGCCGGCGAUCCACCGAGAGCCCAUCCCCCCCGACGGCGAGUCGUAGAAUCGCCCCGCUCGGACCGUCAGCGGCCCUCCGCCGCCCGCCGGAGAAGGAGAACGGGAGCCGCGGGCCUCUGGCGGUUCCGCCGAGGAACGGCAGGCAGGCGGCAAGUCGCUCGCCCACCGCCGCGUCGAUCGGCAUUGGAUUUGCCGAUCCAUUGCGUCCGUUUGUUGAGUUCUCGAAGCCAAACGAUCCGAUGAGAUUCUUCAAGGGGAGCAAGGUGGAGGCGUUGCAGGAGGCAGAGGUGCCUUUUGGUUCUUGGAGGCCUGGCGAGAUCGUCUCUGGCAACGGGCACACAUACUUGGUGCGAUACGAUGAAAGUCCUGUUGACUCUGGCGUGGCUGUUGAAAGGGUGCCAAGAAGGUUGAUGAGACCUUGCCCUCCUGCGGAUGAUCCAGUAUGCUGGGCUGUGGGUAGUAUUCUUGAGGCCUUUGAUAGCUACUCGUGGAAGGUUGCGGAGGUUGUGAGAGUGAUUGGCAAGAAGCAGUAUAUUGUACGGCUCCUUGGGUCCUCCCUGGAGUUGAUUGCACAGGCAUCAGAUCUUCGAUUGAGGAAGCUUUGGGUAGAUGACAGAUGGAUUGCGACUCAGAAGUAUUCCGCAAAAUGCUUGGAUGGUUCAUUCAGAGGUCGAUCGAAAGAUGGAAAUUUAGGCUGCAAUUUUGGAAUGGACUGCCAUAUUCAACUUGAAAACCAGAAUGCUUUUGAGGGUGCUACAUCUAGAGGCAUAAAGAGAAAAUCAUCUGCUAUAACAACACAUCCUCAAUGCAGUGAAAUCACAAAGAGAUUGCGGACGCCGCAAAGAGAUGGAAGGCACUCGAAGCUGGUUGAUAGAGGUUCCUUCUGUUUGGCUGAAAAGGUAGAUGCUGUUGAUUCCCCAUGCUUUAUGCUGGGUGAAAAAUACAUGCAUGCUAGUUAUAAAGGGCGUACUAUAACAGAUGAAGAUUUUAGUGACACUGAGAGUAUAUCAUCCUCUGUUGCUAGCUGUAGUCCUAACAGUAGCCCCCAUAAAUCACAGCAUUAUAAUUUGGUCUACGAAACUGGAGAUAUCUGUAGUAGAACUGAUGAUGAUGAGGCUUCUACAUCUGAAAGAGAAAUAUCAGAACAUGAUAAUGAUGGAUCAAGGGAAGAAACCCAUUUGCUGGAGUUGCAUGCUUAUCGUGCAACAAUGUUAGCCUUGUAUGCUUGUGGGUCAAUUAGCUGGGAGCAAGAGGCUUUGUUGACUAACCUAAGGUUAACAUUGAACAUCUCAACUGAUGAACAUCUAGCUGAAUUGAGGAGUUUGGUUACCCAUGCUGUUACUUCCAGAUAGCUAUUGUAGUUACUUUCUUGGUGAUAUUUUCAUAUCUUCUAUCUUGAAACUAUUGUAAGUUGGGAAAUCUCAUUAAGGGUUUGAGGUGUUGGAGUACUUCAUAUUGUAGUAUUACUUGUGAAAAGAGUUAGUGGGGAAAUUUUGUACUACAGAUAUGCGAAGAUUUCUGAAAUUUUACGACAGUCUCCAUCUGUUUAUGUUCUUCAUACUGAAAUGCCUCUUUUUAGCUUUGCAUUAGCUUAUUUUUGAUGUUUAACACAGUACUAUUAUACCAAAAAUUCCUGAUUAUGCUUAUGACUGAACAUUACAAUAUUUUGAUCAAAGCAUGUGCAAGCAGCUACUAUUAUCUCAAAGGUACAAUAUAAGUCUUCUUCAGGAAGUAAAGUUGUGUCAAUGGUAGUCUUUGUGGUGUCAACAGUUCUUACUCAUGUUAUGCUAUACUUGUCUCCGAAUGUCAUGAAAAUUUGUGAGAAUGGAGAGUGAAAUACUGUAUAUGCUCUUGACAUUGUGUUGUCUAGUGAGUUGACUAAUUCCUAAUGCGAUUUUUCUGUUAUUUAGUAGCAGCUGUUUUGAAUGGGAAGUUCCACUUUAAGAUUGUUCUUGACAAAUUUUGCAACAGCAAAAACUUGGAGAAAGGAAAUCUGAUACUUCUCAUGAACUUUCCAGGGCCGAGGUUGGAGGCUUGUAAAGCAUCCUUCCAUAGGUUCAUGUCGAUCAGUCGAUGGAGGAGUCUGCCACAUGGUUUGCAGUGCGAUAAAUGUGGCAACAUUUCCAUCGAACUUACAUUGGUACUUCAUUCAUUUUCAUUUUUUUUCUUUUUAGGAUAGUGUGCCAAGAUAAUUCAAUGCAACAUUACCUGUGUGGCUAAUGAUCUAAGGAGCACUCAGUUCAAUUAAUUAUAAAAUACAAGUAUAGUAACACAAAACCUGUGUGGCUACUAGUAUCUACUUACCUCAAACUUGGACCUGAAGAUUUAUUAUGAUCUUUUUGUUCAAAAUUAAGCUCAAGCAGGAUCAGAAUUGUGGUUCCAAAUUAAUGAUGGUUGCUGGAUAGUAAAGGUCAAACUGGAUUGGUUUUGUGAUCCAAAAAGACAAAGGUGAUCUGUCUGUUGCGUGAUUUUGCACAGAAUGGGCAUGUUCCCUCUUUGGUAAGUGCUACCGCAACUCUUUUAUUUUAACACCUUUUUGAGGACGCAACACUACUCCUUUUACGUAAUGACACAACCAACAGUCUUGCUGUUUUCAUGCACAUUAUGGUAAACAGUGCACAAAUUUUCAGUAAGUUAAAUUGCAAUUGAUACCUACUCUUCAGCAAAAGUAGCAGCUAUUGAGGUCAGAAGUUUUUUUGGUUGUUUGAAUAAAGUUCACAGAUUCAUUCUGUUGAAGUUAAUAAGCCUUUAUUUUAAGACAUGUUAUAGUAUGCAGAUUGCCAGAAUCUUUAAGCUAAAAGUCAUAGAAAUGGUAAAAUGUGGAGUAGGGCUAGAACAUAUCUUCAACUUCAACCAGCAGACUUUGGCUAUACUACCAUUAGGGGGUAUUCGUCUAAGAAAUCAUGCAUCAGGAUAAGAUGUCGUUCCAUGAAUGGAUCAUCAUUUACUUGGAAGUCUUUGCCAGAUAAUGGAAUAGUAAUAUCCCAUAUGUGGUUUCUAAUCCAGACACUGUUGUUCAUAAAAGAUUGUACCAGUCCCAGGCGUAUUUCGCUGGAGAAUUCUUGGCAACCUUACUAUUGUGCUUAAGGCCACCCAGUCCUUCAAUUUUUUGUUGGUGUAUUGAUGACAUUCACCAUUUUUCAGAAGUGGUGGUCCACCUUGUGGUUCUGAUGAGCAAGCCAGAAGCAAGUUAGUCGAUGUUAUAAGUACAAGCGAAUAGUUUCUAAGUUGUGUAGGAUUAUGUACCUUUAGGCUUGCAAGCGGGCCGCACUUUGCUGCCAGCCUGCCAGACUGACCGCACCACAAGCUCGCAUAUCGCCACAAUUCAUUCUGCAUAGCUGAAGUUGCUCUUCGCGUAUAGCACAUGGGACCCUGCAGCGCUGCAGAGCCUACAAACAACAAAGUCGAGGUGAGAGAGAGGGGUUGGGGGGUGUUGAGCGGCACCGUCUGCUUGUCCGUUGCUGGCAGUUCCAUUACUGACCCCAGCAUCACCAGGAUAGUGGAUUCCCUCAACUGUAUGCACCCGACUAUUCACCUGCCCUAAUCCGCAAUCUGGCAGCCGUCACCUAUUCCUCAGCCCCUUUGCAGUUCUGCAGAAGCUCUUUAUUUAGAAAUUGCAUUCCUGUUUGGUUCCAUAGUUUGGAGGCCAACCAAGACAAGCGCAUGUGGCAGCAGCAGUUUGACUAUUACAAGGGGUGUAAGAAGAAAGAGGUUUGCCUUUUCACAAUCUGAUUCCUCUGCAAUUGUUUGUGGUGAUACUUGAUAGAUGGCUUCAAUUAUUUCACAUACUUUAUCUACUGCAUAUGCAUAUGAUUUGACAAAAGAUUGGCUAUCUGUACUUCAAUGGUGAACUGAUUUUUCAGUGAAUCUUGGUGCUGCAAAAUGCUUUUUUUUUCCUCUUUACAUAUAUGAUUGACACUGAGGACAAAUGCAUGAGUAAGGUAGUAACUUUGUCAUCUACAUACAGAACUGGACAGAGGUAGCACAAAAUUCAGCUUUUGCUGAGUUCAAAAUUUUGGUAGGAUGCAUUUGUUAUCGGUAGCUUGCAUGAACUCUCCUAACUUGUUAAUCGCAAAUCACAUUGAACAACAGCCAGGUUAAUGAAUAGCCUGGCACAGUUUUGUUUGCUUUGAUUGUUCACUAUUAAAUUCUUGCAGUUCCAGUACUUUUCCUCGGACUCAUUAUUUGACUAGUGUGCUGAUGAUUUCUUGGUUGGUACAAUGACAUUGAAACGUUAGAAAGGUUAUUUAUGUUCUUUCAGAACGGGCAUUGACUGUUAUUUUUAUUCAUGUUGUUUCAAAAUUUGAAACUGCACUGCUAUCUGUCAGAUCUUGAUUUGGCCCUGCUUGAACUAAACAGUGCCUGAAUUUUUGUCUCUCGUAACUUUUAUUUGCAGGGUAUUCAGCUCUUGCUACGGCCCCGAGUUCAAUUAUCUAAGUCUUGCAAUGAUGACUAUUGAUGUUGUUUCAUAUACAAUUCACAAAGUCUGAAGAUUAAGGUUUAGUUUACAAUAUUAAACACACUUAGGCAUAUGAUCUCUCACCUUGUGCACUACGUAUCCACUUAUCAAACCUGGAGAUAUGGGAUUAUAAUAUUUUCCAAGCAUUUGCAGGCAGCUGUACAAUCUGGCUCUUGGUCAGUGUUUCAAAACCUAGAGAUAUGGUAUCUUUAGGACCUUGCUCCAAAUAAGAUGCAACCAUAAUAUGCUUGUUGCUCAGAGAACUUUUAGGUUCUGUAUGUGGUGCUCAUCCUGCCUGCUACAUUUGUGUUCAAAUGUGCUGUCUAUAUGCACGGCGCAUUUAGUAAAACUGAUCUUCAUUUCUUAACAGUUGGAUUUUGUUAAUGAUCUUGGGUUUCGUUUGAGGUUCGCAGGUUCGCCAAAAAGGUCAAGGAGCACCGUAGAUUUAUCAGUAGCUCAUAAGACUACUGUGACAUGGCUCUGAGCUUGUACUUGUUUUAGCUGAUUGGUCUCAUGAUGCAUGCGGACGACACAUUAGCUGGCAGACGGCGCACGCAAAUGCAAAGCUCGCGGGCGGAGCGCGAAGCCCGUGAAAGACUUGCGGCGGCAUGCGGGGCUGCCGCAUGUGCCCGCGGCUACGCUGUUCUCGCGUGCAUGGAAAAUUUGCAUACCUUGUUGCAUUUGAACCUCGUCAUAACCCUAUGAAAUUCAGAUGUUUAUGCACUGUAUGUGACAACAA